UGUCAGCAAGAUGGUGUCUUUGCAAUCAAAAUAAACUACAGUGUGUUCAUGGUAUAGUAAUAAUAGUAACAGUAAUGCAGUGUUUAUUUUUUACAGCCACCAGAAGAAACAAUCAGCAGAUCCAAUCAUCAUGAAUGAGGAGAAAAAUCUGAAGAAAAAAAACUCAGUGUGCUGUCAAACUCCUGAGAGUGAAACACACAAUGCACUGAGCCUGGGACAGGUAUCAGCAAGGUGAGACCAAAAACCAUCAACAUCUUUAUCUGAACCAUCAAACAGUACAGACUCAGUCAAGUGUUGUGUGUCCAGAUGUUAAGUGCAGCCCAGCAGCUGUGUUCGAGGCCCCCAUCAUGAACAAUGUGACACCUGGCAGCCCUCCAGGUGGGGCAGACGUGAAGGACUACAACUAUGUGGCUCUGGUCCUCGGUGUGCCCCUCAUCCUGGUCAUCAUCCUGGGAAACGUCCUGGUGUGUCUGAGUGUACUCACCGAGCGCUCCCUGAAAACAGCCACCAACUACUUCAUCAUCAGCCUGGCGGCGGCCGACCUGCUGCUGGCCGUGCUGGUGCUGCCGCUCUACGUCUACUCCGAGUUUCUGGGAGGCAUCUGGACGUUGAGCACCUACAUCUGCGACGCCCUGAUGACCAUGGAUGUGAUGCUGUGCACCGCCUCCAUCCUCAACCUGUGUGCCAUCAGUGUGGACAGGUACAUUGCUGUUGUCGUCCCUCUGAAGUACAACAGGAACCAGUUUAGCGUCCGGCAGCUCACCCUCAUUGCUGCCACCUGGGUGCUGUCUCUGGGUGUGGCCAGUCCUGUGAUCUUCGGCCUGAACCAGGUGCCGGAUCGUGACCCGAGCGUGUGCAAACUGGAGGACGACCGUUUUGUGGUGUAUUCGUCCGUCUGCUCCUUCUUCGUGCCAUGUCCUGUCAUGCUCUUCUUGUAUUACUGGAUGUUUCGGGGCCUGCGGCGGUGGAGCGGUCGCAGUUGCUCUCAGGCGGCAAGUGGCAGCCGCCACACUCUUUCUUUACGACUCGGUUCAGCUCUACGCCGGGUGAAGGCCACAAAGACGAGUCGAGAGAAAGUCACAUAUGCUGCGCCGGCCGGAUUGAGGCCCACCUCUCCCUCAACUGUCUCCAUGACGACACCUUCAGCAACGCCAGCGACCGAGCAGCAGCAGGACGGGGCGGCGGCAGAAAGUGACCCAAUGACUGCACAGAUGGACAGCAUGUCGGAUGCCGACGCCACUGAGAGGAAGGAGGGCGGAAGCAGACGAGAGAACGGCCCGAAGACCACGAAGAGAGGACGAAGGAACAGCAAGAGCAGCAGAGUCAGCGGGAGGGAACGCAAAGCCAUGAAGGUCCUGCCUGUUGUAGUGGGUGUGUUUCUGGCCUGUUGGACGCCUUUCUUCGUCGUCCAUGUCACCAAGGUGUUGUGUCAGUCCUGCAACAUCAGUCCCACCCUCAUCUCCGUGGUAACGUGGCUCGGUUACGUCAAUAGCGCCGUCAAUCCGAUCAUCUACACCGCGUUCAACACUGAGUUCAGGAACGUCUUUCACAAGCUGCUCUGCUGCCGGACGUAAAACUCAAACUGUCUCAAACUGUCCAGGUUUUAAUGAGCCGUCUUUACAGGAACGUCCUUUAAAAAACCUCCAGACAUGAAAAACUGUCACCAACUGGUGGAGGACGGUUUCUGACCAAAGCCUUACUUUAGAUAUAAACUCUAUAAAUGUCUGUGUCUGUGAUUAAAGCAGAACAGUCAUGAGAUAUAAUCAUGUUAUAGUCAUGACUACUCUCCACAUUACAGCUCACAGGCAUAAAAUAUGUGAAUGUGCAGAAUUUAAAUAUACUUUGAUAUAUGAGUAUUUUCAUAUUGUUUUUAAAGGUGCAGGUUUUGCAGAUCAGUGCAGUUAUUUUUAUUGUUUCAUUUGUUUUUACAGAAAAACUGAAUAUUUGUGUGACUGAAGCAGAAAGCAUGAAGAAAAGUGUGUCUGUGAAUGUUUGACCUUUAUCAAAGAGGAAAAUAUUGUUAGUAGUAUUUUUAUCUGUGAAGUCAAGGUGACCGUGAGAAACUGUAGCUUCAUAAAGAGAUCAAGAUUCUCGUCUGAGGAGCUGAUUCAGAUUCAAUGAAAGUAAAUUUAAUAAAUGUAGAAAUCAGACCAUGAUACUUUACAUUUUAAGAGAUUUUCUACUUUAAC